ACCACGGCAACCGGUGACGUCAUUGACCUAAUUAGGCAAGGAGGAAGGAGCGGCCAUAUUGAUUGUGUUCAGCACAGUCUUUGGCUGGAGAUCUAGAAAAACGUUGUCUUUUCAGCAUGUAGGGCGUAUAGAAUACAUCAACUACAGCGUUUGAGAGCUACAGUACGUCUCAAGCGACCUACACGCUAUGGGGAAGGAACGGGAGGACGCAGCUCUGCCCCUUCUGCCUAUCUACCACCCCCCUGAGGAGGAGGGGGGUGAUGACACCUCCUGGAACGGCAGCUUCCAGUUCACUCAUGAUGGACAACAGAUACAGUUUGAAGAGACGUCUGAUGACGGCACCAUAGUCAAGAUGCCCAAGACAAAGCGCCGGACGUCCCUCCUCUUCUUAGACCUGAUCCUUCUUCUUCUAGACUAUCUCCAGUUCUUCGCCCUUCUCAUGGCCAUGUCAGAGCACUGGACCUGGCCCGAGACUUGGCUCCGUCAUCUCAGCUUCAUCUUCCUCUUCAAUCUUGACGUCUGGGAAUUUACCAAGUUCUCCACAGGGGUGUACGUCUCUGCUAAGAGCUAUUUCUUGCCGUCCACUGUUGUUUUUGACGUCCACUUGCUCCUCCUAGCUUGGCUGAUACUGUGCACAGUACUGGUGGUGUCCUACACCAUCUUCUAUGCCGUCCUCUUGUACAAGCAGAAUGCCAGCAUGCUCCUACGCAUCGCCCAGUUACAGCGGGUGUACCUGACGAUCGCCCAGGUCAUCGCUCUACCCUUGGGUACGACGUUGGCAAAGCUGUUCCACUGCACGUACCUCGAUGCGGUCGACGUGUACAACGGUUACACGUGCUUCAGCGGUACCCAUUGGGGUCUUGUAGCCGGGGCCGUCGCGAUGUCUCUCCUGUUCUUCAUCGGCAUUGCUGCGUGGAUGAUCAUCAAGAUCCGACGACAGAUGUUCAGCUCGCACGGAGAUCGCCACGAGGGGUACCUUCAGCUGAAGGAGGCCCAGUUCAUCCGUAGCAUCGACGUUGUGUGGGCUGUUGGACAUUUCCAUCUCUUCUCCUCCUUCCGGCGCUUCUGGGUGUACUACCGCCCGGUCCUCUUCCUCUUCAAGUUUGCCAUCGUGUGUUUCUACGCCGGGCUGAUACGCCACCCGCUCGCCCAAAUAUGGUGCAUUCUUGCGUGCUGGCUGGUCUUUCUCGUCGUAGGCUGCAUCUGGCGGCCUUUCCGCGUGACGUCCUUCAACUUCAUGUUCGUCAUCAACUUUGUUUGUCUCGUCGCCAACUCAUUUGUGGGCUGUGCCCUCAACAUGCCGUCCCUCACGUCCGUAUGGCUCACCCCUGACUACCUGUUCUACGAGCUGCUGCUGAUAAAUGGGGUGUGGGGCCUUUCCGUUGUGCUGUGGUUGGUGUUCCUGCUUAUGCGACAAUGCGGCUGCCUGUGGAAAGGACACCCGCUCUGGCCGUCCAUGACUGAGCAUGGCAUGGACAAACUCAGCACCACCACACGCCACUACAUCAAGGCCAUCUUGGAAGGUCGCCAGCUCCUGGAGCGAUCCCUCUCCAUGCCGGCGCUGUUCUCUCCCGCGCACGAGCUCUCCAGACAGAUCCAGAUCAUCAACGCGUACUGCCGGGAGGCGGAGUACCUCCGAGACCCGUUCCACGACACCCUGUGGGACCUGCUAGACGAGCUGAUCGAAGCCCACACCAGGAUCGGCCCCAUCUCGCUGUUUGCCGAAUCGGUGAAGCCAUCCAUUCAGCAGACAGCUCAGGAGCUGAUGAAGAUGAUGCCAGAGUUCACCAAGAGGAUGGUGCAGCGUGACUAUGACUUCAUCCUCAUGACCCCACUGAAACGGCGCAUGCUGCUCAAGAUGUACUGCAUCGGUAUUUUUGUUAACGGCCGUGCGGAGCGCGUGAAUCAGGAACGGGAAGAGGCGGGGCUCUACAAGGUCUGGCACAGGUCGCCGACCCCUGACCUCUCGGGGGAUGAUGGGUACUUUGAGGAACCAUCUGAUGACCAGGAGAACACACAAAAACAUGUGAUGUUCAGGGAACCUCCCCCAACUGCAUCAGCCACGUGGAGUAACAACAGCUCCAUACUGCUGGAACCAGACAUGUUCCCAACGCCAGACGGGGAGGGUACCAGUCGUGCCAGCCAACCCCCUCCCGGCGACACAAACUCCCUGUCAACCAGUACCCUCGACUCUGCUGGGGGCAGGGACAACGCUGCCUUCAUGCCAGAAAGCAACAGUCUCCCAAGUCUAGGAGACACAGACUCUGGAGACAAGCAAGACACAGCUGGGCACAGCUCACCUGACCUGACUACACCAGGGGAGGGUGACCAACUCGCUGGAAUAGCCAACAGCCAAGCGCAGAAAAAGGAUGAUGGGAUAGGUCCCCAGCUUUCUCCCAAACCCGACCACUUAGCUACGAUAGCAGAGGAUGAGGAAACGCAGUGAGGAAAAAAAGAAAAUGGGUAAUAUUUUAGGAAAUGAAAAU